UUUAAUUUUAAUGUUAUUUUUAAUUUUAUAAUAUAAUAAAAAUUCUAUAAACAGUGAACAGCGCACGGGACAAUACACGCUAACCGCCCUGUAUAAUUUACAACUAGUAUCGUCCCUAUUAGCUCGAAUGUCUUAAGUCUCCGCAAGCAAUCUAGAUGCAAUGAAAAGAAAAGUGGGGAUGACAAGAAGCAAAAUCGGUCGAAAAAUACAGUACAAGUAAAAGUUACAAAAUAAUGAUAAAGCAUAUUUGCAGCAAAUCCCUAUACAAACAUCCAUACAAACAUUACCAUAACGAAUCAAAGCAACGCGAUAAGCAGCAAUAAAAAUUAAGUAUAUAUAUAUUGCAGUAAAUUCAAGUUAUAUCCAUCACUUUCUAACGAUCUUUGUACGUAUUACGAUUCCCAUUUACGAAAUAAAGCAACAUGGACGUGUGGAAUAGAACUGCAAUGGUCACUGGAGGAGCUGCCGGAAUGGGCUACAAACACGCAGAAAUACUACUUCAGAAUGGUGCUAAAAGUGUUGCAAUAAUUGAUUUGCCGACAUCGAACGGCGAAAAUGCAGCGACUACGUUGGAGAAAGAAUUUGGAAAAGGCCGUGCUGUCUUCAUCGCGUGUGACGUGUCAAAGGCCAAAGAUCUAGAAAAAGCAUUCAAGAAGGUCAUCGAUACGUUCGAGAUUCUUGAUAUUGUUAUCAAUAAUGCUGCUAUAAUGAAUGAGCACAAAUGGGAACAGACGAUCAAUGUCAAUAUCACCGGUUUAAUUCGUAACUCUUUUUUGGCACUGGACCACAUGGGAAGACACAAAGGCGGUAAAGGAGGCGUAAUCGUGAAUAUAGCAUCUAGAGUUGCAUUGGGUAAAUUUCCCCCUGCGCCGGUAUAUGUGGCUACAAAACACGCAGUGCUUGGAUUUAGUCAAUCUCUGGCAGGUCUAUACAAAAAGACCGGAGUGCGAGUACUUGUGAUGGUUCCAGGUACUACGAAAACGCCAAUACUUAAUGAUUUCAAAAGUAGAGUUAUCUCUAUCAUUGACGACGAAUGGGCCAAAGAUGAAUAUGACAAUUUCGAAUUAAACGUUCACCAACCUCCCGAUUACGUGGCUGUCGGGGUGCUAGCUAUCAUCCAAAAAGGUGAAAACGGAGCGGUUUGGCUCUGCGAAAAUAAGCAGCCACCAUGCGUCGUGGACUUUCCCCAUUAUUCGAAGCGAAUUUCACCAGUAGAGAGUUAAACAUUUAAUAAUUUGUCUUACUUUAAUUAUUAAUUUGAAUAUUUGAGAAUUUAAUAAUGAU